UUUGCCUUUUCCCUCUGUCUGGGUGCUCGGUUUCUUGCUUCUCGCGGCGACGCUGUCCCUCUGGCCACCCAGCUGUCUCAUCUCCUCCGGGUUUUUUGCCCCUUUCUUCCUCGCGGCCUCGCAUAUUUUUUGUUUUUCUGCUCUGUAGCCUCAGCGCAACUUUGCGCUUUUUCGCUGGUCGCCCCCGCAGCCUAUGGCCCUGGAAGGCGCCGCUGCCGCCUCCUGUAUUUCUGCUUUAGGUUCCCACAUCACUCUUUAAAAAUUCCGCCUAAAAAGAGAAGACGAUUUACCAAAUCUUUCGGGCCGUUGUCCCACGGCAAACUCUCUGACCAGGUAUACAACUAUCCAGAGGGUUUAGGAGAAGUGCUUUAUCGAGAACAGUUCGACUUCAACGCUGAGCCACCUUGGGAACCUAGCUGAUGAUAGUAGGGUUCCAUCUCCUAACUUGUCCAUUUUGUUGCAUAAUUUAAGGACCCAGCUCUAAGGCUUUGUGGCCCGUCCCUUGUGUUUCUUGGUUUAUGACUGUCGGCUUUGCGGAAUACGGCUGAGAUGAAAGGACUUCUUGAGGAUGCAAACUACUCCAUUGGCUUACUGGAUGAAGGAGUACAUGUUGGAGAUGUCAUUGACAACUGCAUUUAUGAACAUACUCUUACUGGAAAAAAUACUUUUUUGGUUGGUGAUCUGGGAAAGCUGCUCAAGCAACACAUUCACUGGCAGAAUGUGAUGGCACCAAUAAAGCCCUUUUACAACACAAAAUGUAACUCCACGCCGGGUGUACUUGAGUUACUGGCAGCUCUUGGAACUGGGUUUGCAUGUUCAAGUAAAGCUGAAAUGGCAUUGGUUCAAGACUUGGGGAUUUCUCCUGAAAACAUUAUAUUCACAAAUCCUUGCAAGCAAGCUUCUCAGAUAAAAUAUGCAGCAAAAAUUGGAGUAAACAUUUUGACAUGCGAUAAUGAACUAGAAUUAAAGAAAAUUGCUAGAACUCAUCCAAAUGCAAAGCUCUUACUUCAUAUUGCCACAGAAGACAUUAAUGGAGAUGAAGAGAUGAACAUGAAGUUUGGCACCACCCUGAAGAAUUGUCGGCAUCUCAUGGAAUGUGCUAAGGAGCUGAAUGUCCAAAUAGUUGGUGUUAAAUUUCACAUGUCAAAAUCUUGCAAAGAACCUCAAGUAUACAAACAUGCUAUUUCUGAUGCUCGCUGUGUAUUUGAUAUGGCUGAAGAAUUUGGCUUUACCAUGAACAUGUUGAACAUUGGUGGUGGCUUCACAGAUUAUGAACUUGAUCUGGAAGAGGUUAAUCAUGUUGUCAGUCCAUUGCUUGAUAUCUACUUUCCUGAAGAAUCUGGUGUAAAUGUGAUUGCAGAGCCUGGAUGCUAUUAUGUUUCUUCUGCAUUUACUCUAGCAGUUAAUAUUAUUGCGAAGAAAGCUGUUCUGUCUGAUGAACCUCUUCUCUCUAAAAUGGAACACACCCAGGAUGAUGAACCAGUUUUCAUGUACUACAUGAAUGAUGGCAUUUAUGGUUCUUUUGCAAGCAAAUUAUCUGAGAAUUUGACUACUAUUCCAGAGGUUCACAAGAAAUACAAGGAAGAUGAGCCUCUAUUUGCAAGCAGCCUUUGGGGUCCAUCCUAUGAUGAGCUUGAUCAAGUUGUGGAAAACUGUCUUCUCCCUGAGCUGAAUGUUGGAGACUGGCUGCUCUUUGACAAUAUGGGUUCUGGUACUUUGGGUGAACAGUCUACUUUUAGUGACUUCCAAAGGCCACCAGUUUACUAUGUAAUGUCAAUCAGUAACUGGUGUGAGAUGCAAGAUGCUGGAUUCACCUCUGAGACACUGAUGAAGAAUUCCUUCUUUGUGCCUUCUUGCAUUCAGCUGAGCUCUGAAGACAGCUUUUCUAUUGCAGCUUAAAUAGGCAUUAAUGCUUCAUUUAGCCUUGCAGUUGCAUGUCUGUAGUCUUGUCUGGUCACAACAUUCCAGUUUGGAAGAAAAAUGGAACAACCUUGAAUGAAUUAUUGAAACUUGAAAUCAAUUGGGACCAGGCAAAACUAGCUACAACUAAAAUUCACUGGGGGAGUAAGGGUUAAAUAAUAUACAUGUCAAAUCACUCAGUCCCUCAGCAUUUAAAUAAUAUGCAACAAAAUGGAUGACUUAGUUGAGAUGGAAACCCAUCACUUGGGUUCUCUAUUAAACAGUUUACAUACAAGUACAGUUUUUAUACUAAGGAUUUCUGUUAGAAAGUCUUGUAAAGUUGUCUUUCCCCUAGAUAUAUAAAAUGUCAGUGGGGGGGAAAAGGUGUGACUUCAUUAGCUAUGUUUAGUGUAUUUAGGAUGUGUAAAUUUGUGCUUUGAACUGUAGUUUAAUAAAUGUAAAAUUGCAUCAUAGUAUUUGUUGUAUUUCACCCUUGCUAUACCCACCCUUGUAUGAUUGCAAUAACUUUUUGUGUAGACUUUACUGUCCCCCACCUCACCCCAGCUAACAGAGGGAAGAUGUUUAAGCAGCAAUGAUAUCUUAAGGUGCAAAGUAACCUAUUCAGAGACUUUCACAGAUUAAAUCAUGACUAAACUAAGCUGAAAAGCACUAAAUUCAAUGUUAAAAUAUAAUUUGAAUACUUAAUGAUAUUAAGUAUCAUUAAGUAAAAAAUAUUAUACUUGUGAGCCAACAGAUGCUGAAAGGCAACCCACAGGAAGUAAAAUGCAUAUAAUGCCUAAACAAGAAGGUGAAUUGUUGUUCUGCUCUUUGGACUAUUAAAAGUAAGAAUGCAAUACUAUGCAUGUUUAAGAGUGAGACUGAUGUAACUUCCACAUAAAUAUGCAUAGCAUUGAGCUGCAAGUCUUGAACUUUCCAGAAAAGUAGUUCUGACUGGCUGUUCAAUUGACAUCAGUUAGUAGACUUAGCAAGGGAAAUAUUGACACUUUUACUCAUUGUUACUUAGACUCCUCCCCACCCUUUCAUUUUAAUUUAUUUUGCUAAUCUAGUAGCCUUGGAAACUAUUUUGAAAUGCACCAAGACAGAAUUCAUUUGAAAAUGGAGAUUAAUAUUCCUACUAAUUAGGUGAUGUGGAAUGGGCUGCCAAGUGCUAAUGCAUUUUAUACUAGUGCCAAUUGGCAGGAUUCCCCCCUCCCCCUAAGUUCAGUGGAGCUAGAUGAAGGGGUUAGGCAAUAUUCCCUUCAACCUGAUCAUUCUAAAAUAACAGGUACUAUAUUUGAGAUGCUUUUCACUUGCGUGAAUGAUUUGUACAGCUAAAUCUAAUAUCCCUGAGCCUAGAAUACAGCUGUGAACAUUAAAGCACAAAUGGAAAACCACACAUUAUUUUAGUUUUCAAAUUCAAGAAAAAUAAUAAUCCAUUUUUAGCAUUUCAAUCCAGUAUCUGUCAGGAUUCUAUCACGCAAGUAAAGGGGGAAUUGUCUUAUCAAUUCCCAAGCCUCUCUAAAGAUGGCCAGGAUUCUGCUAUAAAGUUUUUAGAACUGUUGUGAGUUUAAUUAACUCCACUAUGAAUGGUACAGUCACCUUGGAAAUGUCUGUAUUGUAUUUGACAGUUUGCCAUAAAAACUGGUUUGAACUUGGUAUGUAUUUGAAUUUAUAUGCGAAAACCUAUCUUCUGUUUACAAUAUUGUAAUAUCAGUUUUGGAUAAUUCAAAUAUAAAACUGAAUGAUUUCUAUAUAGCAAA